CCGUGGAGAUAGAAAGAACUAGCAAAGAGGCACACAAAUGAAGGUCCGGUGAUCGCGAGAGGAAGGAGACUGCCGACCUGAUGUUCCAACGAGUGUGAGACAAAUAUCGGCAAGUGGGUUACAGAGAUAGACGUUAUCAAGGCCGUUUCUGGCAACUGUGGCCUGUUCUACUGCUGUUAUUUUGUUGCAAUAUUUCAGUGAUGCAAUCACAGGGCAGCACUUCCUCCCAGCCCUCUGUUGAUUCGCUGAGCUCCAGUGACAGCUACCUGUUCAACCACUCUGAGCAGGCGGAGGAUGACACUGACGUCUUCCUGUCUGAACGCUCCCCCGCCGUCAUCCUCGGCACUGGGGGCAUGGUCAGGGGCAACGGGAGUGCCGGGGCAGAGAGUCCCGAGUCCCAGUGGGCGUGUGACGGCUUCACUGACCGCGAGGAGGAGGAGUCACGGGGUUCAGAGGUCACUGGAGGUCACCCCAGGGUCACAGCUGAGAGACAGAGAACAAGCGAGACAGAGAGAGAGAAGACAGAGGGAGACCUGCUCUUUGCCCAGAAGUGUGCUGAGCUGCAGGGGUUUGUAAGGCCCCUACUGGAGCUGCUGAAUGGACUGAAGGGGGGACGAUUUGACCGUGGUCUGAGUAGUUUCCAGCAGAGUGCAGCCAUGGACCGCAUCCAGAGGAUCGUAGGGGUCUUACGGAGACCCAGCAUCGGGGAAAAGUAUAUGAACACUCUUCUCCAGGUGGAGACGAUGCUGAAGAUGUGGUUUCCACAGGUGUCCCCCUUUGCCCCACCUACCGCCCCUAUCCUCUUCCCCCCUCACCUCUCCCCCCGGGACAGCCCCAGCAGCACCCCCCCACACAGGCACAGAGACCAGUCGCACAUCCCUGUGAAGAAGCGCAGACUGAGUUGGUCAGACACAGACUCUGACACCCCUCCUCCUGUACUCUUUAAGAGGCUCAAUGCCGGUGGAGGAGAGGAGAGGAGGAAGGAGGGGGGAGACGUCCCCUCGGCAGCUUCAGGGGUACCCCCACACCCCCAGGACCCCACCAGCGACCAAGAGAAUGAGAGAAAGGAAGAUGAGGACAGCAAAGAGAGAGUUGGAGAAUCAUCAAGCAACAAAGCGGGGCUCUGUUCUGAGCCCGGUCCCACCUCGGUCCUUGUAGUGCCCAUCCUUUCCCCCUGGAAACGAAUGGAGGGGAAACCUGUCAUGCCACCUCCCACCACCAGGGUCUGUCCAGCCAUGCAGGACAGCGUAAUCUCUUCCACCACGCCCUUCAACAACCUCCAAAGCCAGCAGCAGCCAAUCGGGUGCCAAAGCCAGCCUGUUGCCGGGAAGACUGGGAAAAAGACUGUAAAGACCUGUCAGGGGCGGGUCCAGGCUCAUUCAAUCACGGCAAAGCCUUUGAAAAGGGGGGAGUGUAAGAGCAGGGUUAACCCCGCCCCUUUAUAGACCUGAUGCACUGAGCACACUCCGCCCAGCAGGCUAGUGUGACUACGUCAACAUGCUAAAGCUGCUGUGAUAGGGAGAGUCAGGGGUAGAAAUGGGCUGCAGUCCAAACACUUUAUGUUUAGCCCCUCGGCCCUCGCACUAGCCACUCUCCCUUGGGGGAAUCCCCUUUGAAACCGGAUGCAGUUUGAUUGCCAUCUUAAGUGGAGGUCCAAUUCACUAACGUUGUCCCCUCGGCUCUCGAUUUAGCUCGAGGGAGCGAGUGAAGAACUUUGAUCACUUGCGGGGUGUAUAUGACCCACAAUUCAAUGCAAAUUGUAGUCAUGUAUCAUACUCCGGUGGCCGCGAAUGUCACGUUCACUCAUCACGGCUGCAUUUUCGGCCUGUUAGACAAAAUGAUGAUUCUAGCUUGCUAUAUAUAUAUAUAUAAUGACAUUGAUUUUAGCGUUGCCAAAUUGGCUUAGUCUCGUAGUGAGGAGCCUAUAAAACCUAGCUAGCUUCAUAAACAUAUUUUUGGGAAUUCUGAAAUGUAUUGCAAUAAAUGACCAAACUAUAAAACUAGCUAGCCAGCUAUGGAGAACUGUAGCUAGCUAGCUACGUUAGCUUGCUAGAUACAUGAAUAGCUUUAAGUUGGUUGUUUUUAAGCUCAACUUCCAGAUUUCCACUAAGGAUGUUGCCUCCGAUCAUCACUCUCUAAUUUGAAUUUGGACUGCAGCCAUGGGUUUAGGUGCUGAUGAGUUUCCUUAAUGAUGGAUAUUUUGCAACUACCUAAACGCAAUUAGGACCAUGAAUGAAAAUGAUAUGAGAGACUACAGUUAUUACUACAUGAGGACAGAAUGUGUCCUUGUGAAUCAUAAUCACAGUUCCAUAACAAUCAGAUUUUUUUGCACAAAUAGUGAUUGUAGAUUGGAAGGUUGGUAAGCACCUCUUAAAGCCCAUCGCUUGUUUAUAGAAUAUUGGAUCUCUGAUUGACCGAAUGGUAUACUCUCUUACUCCACUUAAGAAAAGGUAAAUGCCACUAUGCAAACUUAAUCGAAACACUGUUGGUUUAGGAAUAUUUGGGAUUCAGGUGGUUGGAGGCAAGGAGGUGAGAGGUGACGAGGAGAGGAUGGUUAGAAGGACAGGUGGAAUAAGAUUUGGGGAUUAAGGAUAGUUAUAUUCCUGGAAUGAUAUUCCUGGAAUCUCCUCAGAGAUGAUGCUUCCAGUGAAUAACAGCAGACAGACAGUUCAAUAGACCGAGGCAUUACGGAUAGAAGUGAGGAAUAAUCAUUAGACUACUGAAUGACCUCUAGAGCUGAAUAACAGCAGACAGACAGUUCAAUAGACCGAGGCAUUACGGAUAGAAGUGAGGAAUAAUCAUUAGACUACUGAAUGACCUCUAGAGCUGAAUAACAGCAGACAGACAGUUCAAUAGACCGAGGCAUUACGGAUAGAAGUGAGGAAUAAUCAUUAGACUACUGAAUGACCUCUAGAGCUGAAUAACAGCAGACAGACAGUUCAAUAGACUGAGGCAUUACGGAUAGAAGUGAGGAAUAAUCAUUAGACUACUGAAUGACCUCUAGAGCUGAAUAACAGCAGACAGACAGUUCAAUAGACCGAGGCAUUACGGAUAGAAGUGAGGAAUAAUCCAACUAGCCAGAUACCAUUAGUCUACUGAAUGACCUCUAGAGCUGAAUAACAUCUAAGAGGACGUGGCAGGGACCUCUACUGAAGUCUAAAGAAGUUUAGAAUCUAUUCAAUGUCAAACCAUCAACAUGACACAAUCUGUUUGUGAAGACGGAUGCAAGGUGUUUUGGGUGAAGAUCGAUUAUGACUGUGAAACGAAUGAACCACAACUGGGUUUUAUUCUGUGUGGAGAAAUGUGAAGCGGGUUAUCCGUUAAACAGUAAAUCACAUCUCAGUGGCCUAACCGGUAGGGGAUAGAAUACCAAACAGACCUUAGAUCAGCUUCUAGGGACAACUUAAUCCUUUAAAUGGCUCAGUGGGAGACUCUAAAGACCACCCUGAGAGAAGAGUCCACUCACAGACAGACAGAGACAGACAGAAAUCCUGUUUAUUUAUUCACAUGUUGACUUGACAACGCUGCAUUUAUUUAUUACCUUUAUUUAUUCAUUGGCAGCUGUGUUUCUCGCUCUUUGAACUUACAAUUGGUUGACCGAUUGGUUGUCUGAUGCUCUUGGGAAAGUUGCUGUACAGCGGUUUGUUUGGGGUUUUUACUGUUAUGAUGGGACACAUUUUGGGGGUGGAUGAUUGGACUAUUGUGCCUUUACCAAAUAGGAUGUGUACAAAAACGAAGCAUUUUAUUCUUUCAAAGCAUUUUCUACUGCAUUUUGAUAAUUUGCUUGUCUUUCUUAAUAGCACAGUGCACAAUCAGUCGAAUAACACAGUACACAACGCCUAAUUCCUGCCUUCAAUCUCUUAUCUGGCUUCCAGGGGUCUGUUGGGCAAAACUAGCUACCUACAGAUCCCACAACAGCAAGGCAACCUCUACUCCAAGCUGUACAGUGGUCAUGUGUACAACACAAUAGUAUUCUAUACAUAUACAUCGUAGUCUUCUAUGAACUAACGACAGUAUUCUAUACAUAUACAUCGUAGUCUUCUAUGAACUAACGACAGUGGCUAAUUUAUUUCAGUUUUUAGAUUGACAGUUGCCUCUUCUCCUGGGUGUAUUUUAUAGUUGAUUAUGUAGGUCUGACUGGAGGAUAUGAUCAGCGCUUGCUAUCUCCUGUGUGCUUCUUGGCGCUCGUCAAACUUGAAAAACGUGAGGAUCAGAGCUAAAAGGGAGACAGUAUGAAUAUGUAUUUUGCACCAUCAUCGUAAGCUGCUAUACAUAACAGGACUAAAACAUGAUUGAAAUAUUCAUCAUAACAAAUCAUAAAUACACAUGUAUUUACUAAUGAAACAAAUGCCAUUCAGCAGACGCUUUUUAUCCCAAGCGACUUACAGUCAUGUGUGCAUACAUUUUUACAUAUGGGUGGUCCCUGGAAUCAAACCCACUGUCCUGGCAUUGCAAGCACCAUGCUCUACCAACUGAGCUCCAGAGGAAAUACAUGAUACAGGGUUUACAAAGAGUUUACUUAUACUUAAUCAACUGUUUAUAUGCAGAGCUUCCAGUAAAGCACUGCUAAAACAAGUUCAUAUGGUUGCAUCCAUACUCCCUAUAGCUUUCUCCAAGGAGAGCCACACCUGAACACACAAUCACUGGUAGCCUCCAUGUUACCUACCUACUGUCUUUACUUGGGGCUGGGGGAUGUUUUUAUGCUUGAGGUAUAAGUUGCUCUUAACCACAGGUCUAUGAUCAGAUCAGAAAACACACCUGACCCCGGGCCUGUGGUUAAGGGCCACUUCUACCUACUUGUGUUUUUUAUACAGCUGUUUUGUGACAGAAACUGAUUGCACAGAUUUUUGUGAUCUCUUUUCCAUGUAUGUUUUCUACUGCAGAGACCACCGCUGAUUGGUCAGAAAUAAUAUGUCUUGUUUAUUUCAACUGCCUUUUUAUAUCUUAGUAGAUGCUGUACUCACCCCUUCUACUCCUCCCCCUCUCUACCCUUCUCCCUCCCUUCUGCUCCUCUCUAUCCUCCUCCCUCACUCCUCCCCCUCUAUACCUUCCACCCUCCCUCCUCCCCCUCUCUAUCCUCCCCUCCCUCCUCCCCCUCUCUAUCCUCCACCCUCCCUCCUCCCCCUCUCUAUCCUUCUCCCUCCCUUCUGCUCCUCUCUAUCCUUCCUCCUCCCCCUCUCUAUCCUUCUCCCUCCCUUCUGCUCCUCUCUAUCCUCCACCCUCCCUCCUCCCCCUCUCUAUCCUCCUCCCUCACUCCUCCCCCUCUCUCUAUUCCUCCCUCACUCCUCCCCCUCUCUCUACUCCUCCCUCACUCCUCCCCCUCUCUCUACUCCUCCCUCACUCCUCCCCCUCUCUCUACUCCUCCCUCACUCCUCCCCCACUCUCUACUCCUCCCUCACUCCUCCCCCUCUCUCUACUCCUCCCUCCCUCCAACCCUCUACUCCUCCCUCCGUCCUCCUCUCUAUCCUCCGCCCUCCCUCCUCCCCCUCUCUCUACUCCUCCCUCCCUCCUCCUCUCUAUCCUCCGCCCUCCCUCCUCCCCCUCUCUCUACUCUUCCCUCCUCCCCCUCUCUAUCCUCCUCCCUCACACCUCCCCCUCUCUCUACUCCUCCCUCCCUCCAACCCUCUACUCCUCCCUCCCUCCUCCUCUCUAUCCUCCGCCCUCCCUCCUCCCCCUCUCUCUACUCCUCCCUCCCUCCUCCUCUCUAUCCUCCGCCCUCCCUCCUCCCCCUCUCUAUCCUCCUCCCUCACUCCUCCCCCUCUCUAUCCUCCUCCCUCACUCCUCCCCCUCUCUCUACUCCUCCCUCCCUCCAACCCUCUACUCCUCCCUCCCUCCUCCUCUCUAUCCUCCGCCCUCCCUCCUCCCCCUCUCUCAACUCCUCCCUCCUUCUCUGCCACAUUCUACUACUUUUGCCCUCCUCCCUUUCUCUCAUAUCUGUUCAUCCCUUUCUCUCCCUCUCUUACCUUCUCUCUCACUAUUUCUCUGUUUCUCACUCUUACUCUGCUGUCACUCUGUGUUACUCUUCGGAGUACUUUUUUACAUUGAUGAUACAAAAAUAAAAUCUUUUAAUAAAUGAAA